AUGGCAUCAAUAGCCCCCUUCAAGAUCGGUAUUCCCGAAGAGGAACUGUCCCUCCUGCAACAAAAACUCAAGCUCGCUCGUAUCGCACCCUCAUAUACGGACUGGCGAGACGAGAAUGGUCUUGAUUCAACCUUCAUUCGCAAUAUCGUCGACUACUGGCGUACUGAGUAUGACUGGCGAAGUGAGGAAGCCGAGAUCAAUAAAAUCCCCCAGUUCAUGACUCAGAUUGAGGUUUCUGACGGCUUCGGUUCACUUGACGUACACUUCGCUCAUUCUCAAUCGUCAAAGCAAGACGCAGUCCCUCUGAUCUUCAUCCAUGGCUGGCCGGGCAGUUUCAUUGAGGUAUCUAAAGGUUUGAAGAGGUUGAAUGACGAGGGUUUCCAUGUUGUUGCGCCCUCGCUGCCGGGUUACGGGUUUAGUGGCUAUCCAAAAAAGAAAGGCUUUGAUCUCAGAAAGGUUGCAGAAGUCUUGCAAAAGCUCAUGCUACGGCUGGGCUAUGAGAAGUUUCUAGUGCAGGGCGGAGACUGGGGCUCCCAUAUCUCAAGAUGUAUUGGAAUCUUGUAUCCAGAGAACACACUGGCGAUACACACGAACAUGUUUGAGAUGCCCGGAAGCCCUUUCGAUCCAGACGAGCAACCAGAGGUCAACGGCUUCGAAAAGGCGGCCUUAGAGCGACACUUCACCUGGUUCCGUCAAACCAACCAUGGCUAUGGUGCAAUUCAAGGACAAAGGCCCGCAACUCUCGGCUUUGCAAUGCACGAUUCCCCAGUGGGUAUGCUGGCCUGGAUGUAUGAUAAGCUGGUGGUCUGGUCUGACGAAUACCCCUGGACGCCAAAAGAGAUCAUCACCUGGACUCUGAUGCACUAUUUUCCUGGUCCCACGACGGGUUUUAUGAUGUAUCAUGAGAACACCUAUGAGGGGCUCAUGAAGAGUAAGUGGUUCAACGAGUACAUCAAAGUACCGUAUGGUAUCUCAGCGUUCCCGCGAGAAUUGGCCGUGAUGCCUCGCAGCUGGGCGCAGAAACAGGUCAACCUCAAGUUUUAUCGCCAGCAUCCGCGAGGGGGUCACUUUGCUAUGCACGAGAAGACUGAGGAGCUCGUUAGUGAUCUAAUUGAGUUCUAUCGCUCGGUCUUGGGGCGAUGA